AUGCCAAAACCAAAAAACCAAGGCCCAUGCAUUAUUUCUGGUUGUGAUAAACCUGCUCCUUAUAGAAAAUUACAAAUUGGAACAAUGGAUAAAAUUAGAAAGAAAGAUUUAGAAAAUAAAUAUUAUUUUUUGGAAGAAGGUGACCAGCUUUGUUAUAGUCAUUAUAUGAAAAUUGUUGAGCCAGACAGACAUGGUAAACAUAAAAAUGAUCAAAUGAAAAGAAAACCCAACAACCUGUCAAUUAAUAUGGUUGAUAAUCAGUUAGACUGGUCUAAAAUUAAAAUUAAUUUAACUGGAAGUAAUCUUCAACCUGACAAUAAUUUAUAUUGUGUGGAAGAUAAUGAAGAACCUGGUUUUGAUGCAAUAAAUAAUGAAAUUGAUGAUGAGGUCCACAAGUUUAACAAUCAAGCUACUUUACCUAAUGCAGAGAUCACAAGGCUUACAGCAGAGUUAUCAAAUACACAUAAGAAAUUAUCAAAUACAU